AUGGAGAGCAGCGACGAGGAAGCCAUUGACAAGCACCGCGUCCACCUGCGCCCUGAUACCCUGGCCGAUCCUGCCCUCGUCUCCCUGCACCUUCUGCCCUGCGAGGUCCAGGUUAACCCGCCCACCUCCGCGGGGCACUUCUUCGGCCCAGCCAUCUGCCAGGGUCCCGACGCACUGGAAGCGUCGUUUCAGGGCUGCAGUCGACGUGGCGAGGAGGUGGUGUGGUGCUGCCCGGCUUCAUGGGAUACGUGA